AGCAAGCAAGACCUCGGCAGUCGUCGUGAGCUGAUGGGAGCCCAAGAAGACAGCGUUGUGGUUAAUUUUCAUGUUAUUGUAGGAAUGAAUCGAGAUUAGGGGAAAAAUAAUUUGUUUACAUCGAAUUAUUAUUGUAUAUAAACGUUAAAAUUAGAUCACUUGAAAGUGUGGCAUGAAUUAUACAGAGAAAAGGGUCUAUGGCCGCUCAAUCUGACUGUCAGAAAGGGGGGUAUAAAAGAAGAUUGACCAGAUCUGUUAGAGAGACCCGAUCACCUAUCAGAACACGGUCUAGAAGUCGAAUUCUUGCUUUGCAGGAAUUCCAUACUGUUCCUUUAUCUUAUACCUCCCCAACAGCUCUUGAAUAUUCUUUGAAACGUAAGCAUCCUCAGCGAUUAGAACCAAUAUCUCAUUCAAAAAAGUCAAAAAUAAAAGUCAAGCAAAGAAAGAAAGAGUGUGUACAGAAGAAAAAAAUCACUAGGACUGGAAUAUCAAACAUGAGCACUGAUGCAACAGUGCCAAAAAAUGAGUCAAAGCAAAGUGGCAUAAUUUCAUCUGUGGCAGAAUGUGUUGAAGUUAAGCCUUCAAAUCGAAGCAGUGCACGGUUUCCAAAGAUUUUUGAGGAUGACGAUGAUUCUCUGGACUUAAAAGACCAAGGCUUGGAAGACAUAAAAAUUUCGAAAAAAGUGGAUCAGUCUUCUGACGGUGCAUGCUCUCAAUCAUCUUUGGCUUGUGGAGCAUUAUCCUCAUGUGAAGAGAAAGAUAUAUGCUUGGUUCUGGACAAAGGGAUCUAUAGUGCUGCAUAUUUAGGCCCAAAUAAGUCAUUUGCUACAUAUUCAAGACGUCCGCAGACUGAAACUCAAAUUUCACAGCAUUUAUCAGCUUCAUCAUCAAGUACUGCUGAUCAAUUCAAAAAGCGCAAAUCAGAUGGUCCGAAGUGUGAAACUCUCUCUUUCAAAGAUAAUGUUGAUAGAAAGUUUAUGAAUAAAGGCGAUUCUUCAUUAGUUCAAGAAAGCAGUGUACUUCCAGAAACUGCUGCAAGUCAAGGAAAACUAAAGAAUUUUUCUUGCAUGCUUAGAGGAGCAUGUAAAAGGAAGAAUUUUGUAGGUUCUCAUUUGCCUAAAUGCGAUAAAUUAUCUACUAGAACCGUUGAGCAAGAUUUAAAUGCUCUAAAACUAACCAAAGACGACCCUACUCUUUUGCCCCCAAAUGAAGAUAGUAAUGAUCCCAAUUUACUAAGUGACGACGAUAUAGACUUUGAACAAACAUUUUUUGCCUCAAUUUCCGAAACUGAAAGGGAUUUUCAACUACCUGAAAGAAAUAGAAAAGGUAGAGUUGAAAGUAAUACAGGUACUGGCGGUGCAAGUUACACUGAUAAAGCAAAGGGCAAGAUUGAAAGUGGUGAAGCAAAAUCUGUUAGUGAUCAAACCAAGCCUAGCAAGACAAAGAUCACGGGGUCGUGUACAAGUAGCCGGAGUCGGCGCUCCUCCCGUGUUACAAAACUUCCCUCAAGCUCAACUGCUGCUGGAGGGGGAACAAGCCGCCAAACAGUAGUAAGGGCUAGAGCUGGAAUGUCUGGCACCGACACUGGCCAAGAACUUUCAUCAAAUCCAUUUACAUCUGAAGGAAACUCUAUUCUUGAAAAUCCCGCUAAUGCCCCAGCAUCCAGUGGAAUGAACAUCGCUGCUAGUAUUGCUGCAAUUGGGGACAGCGAGUCAGAAGAUAGUGAAAUGGGUCGUUUACAAGUUUCUUUACAUGCAGCUCUGUUAGAAGCUAGAGGACUUCCACCUCAUUUAUUUGGUGCUCUAGGUCCUCGAAUGCAGCACCUUCUACAUAGAUCCAUGGGAACUACUGCCAGCAAUCGUGCUCAUCAGCUGUUACAAGGUUUACAGGCAAUUGGUGAUGAAGGACAGCAAUUGCAGGCUGUUAUGGAAAUGUGUCAAUUGCUGGUUAUGGGCAAUGAAGAUACUUUGACUGGUUUUCCCGUAAAGCAAGUUGUUCCUGUGUUGAUUAAUCUUCUCUCUAUGGAUCAUAACUUUGAUAUGAUGAAUCAUGCAUGUCGAGCUUUGACUUAUAUGAUGGAAGCUUUGCCAAGAUCGUCCGCUGUUGUGGUUGAAGCAAUACCUGUUUUUCUUGAAAAGCUUCAAAUUAUUCAGUGCAUGGAUGUAGCAGAACAGUCCCUUACUGCAUUAGAAAUGUUGUCUCGAAGACAUAGUAAAGCCAUUUUACAUGCUAGAGGUGUUGCUGCUUGUCUGACCUACCUUGAUUUUUUCUCAAUAAAUGCACAGCGGGCUGCUCUUGCAAUUACUGCAAAUUGUUGCCAAAAUCUUCUGUCUGAUGAGUUUAACCUAGUGCAGGAAUCUUUGCCUUUACUGAGUGCAAGACUGACUCAUCAGGAUAAAAAGUCAGUUGAAAGUGCUUGCCUUGCAUUUUCUCGAUUAGUUGAUUGCUUUCAGAAUGACUCAAAAUGUCUGAAGGAAAUCGCAAGUCAUGGUUUAUUAUCAAAUAUUCAGCAGCUGCUCGUUGUUUCACCACCUGUUGUGAGUUCUGGAACAUUUGUUACUGUCAUACGGAUGUUAGCAGUUAUGUGUGCAUCAUGUCCAGAGCUUGCUGUUGUUUUGCUAAAACAAAAUAUUUCUGAAACCCUGCGUUAUUUAUUGAUGGGUACUUCUGGAAACACUGAUGAAAUUGAACUUAUUCCAAGAAGUCCCCAAGAACUUUUUGAAAUCACUUCUUUAAUUGGUGAGCUUAUGCCUCGUUUGCCAACUGAUGGAAUAUUUGCCAUAGAUUCGCUUCUCAUGAAACCGAUUAAUAACCAACAAGAUAUUGUGAUUUGGCAGUGGAGAGAUGAUCGGGGAUUAUGGCAUCCGUAUACUAGUAUUGACAACAAAAUUAUUGAGGCUGCUCAUCUCUCUGGAGAAGAUGAAAUAAGUCUGUCUGCUAUGGGAAAAACUUAUACAGUUGAUUUUAAUUCAAUGACGCAAGUAAAUGAAGAUUCUGGAACGACAAGACCAGUUCAGAGACGUGUUAAUAAUUCUGGAAAUUUGACAGGUUCUAUUCAAAUUGUCGAUAGUCCAGAUUCUAGAAUUGAUUGCCUGCAGGCAAAUGCAGAUUUAGCUGCAUCUUGCAUCAAAUCCUUAUUUGCUGUUCUGUAUGAAGUUUACAGCAGUUCUGCUGGGCCAGCUGUGAGGCAUAAGUGCCUGAGAGCUUUACUUCGCAUGAUAUAUUUUGCUCCGCCUGAAUUACUUCAAACAGUUUUAAAAAAUCAAACUGUUGCCAGUCAUGUUGCUGCUAUGCUUGCUGCGCAAGAUCUCAGAGUUGUUGUUGCUGCUCUCCAGAUGGCUGUAAUACUUAUGCAAAAACUCCCUGCGAUAUUUGGAGUUUAUUUUCGUCGAGAAGGUGUUAUGCAUCAAGUUAGAUGGCUGACUAAAUUAAUUAUCUUUUCUGAUUCACCUAAUCAGAAUAAAGAAGGCUCCAGUAAUCGAUCUGAUAAUGUACAGUCAUUUGCCUCACUUCCUGCUUUGAUACCUAUUAGUUCAGCAGCAUCUGCAAUCACAAAUUGUGAUAAUAAUCUGGCAACUUUUAGCCCAAGUGUUUUACCAGUCUCAGCGAGUGACCUUUCAUCUGAUAAUGCAAUGCACUUUCCUGGUGGAACCUUAUGGAGUACUUCAUCUUCUGUCACAACUACAUUUGAAGGAAUACAGUCAUCAACUAGUGCAUCACCAGGAGGGGAUGAGAGUCACAGCAGUAACGUUUCACAAAUGAGACUCAGUGAUGUGUUGAAGAGGAAGAGAACUCCCAAACGCAGCAAUCCAACUAGUAGAAAGGUUCGUACUGAAGAAACGUCUAGAGAAUCAUUUUCAUGUUCAGGCAUUCGGGGACUUGGCCGAGGAGUGUUAGACAACCAUAUCAAUCCAGUGUUGGGUUCUUCGAUGCUUGCUUUAUCAGCAUGCACUCCUACUAGUUGCCAGAACUCAACAGUUAAUGCCAGUCCUGUAUUAGGCAGCAUUGCAAGUCCCACUACUUGCUCGAACAAUUCUACUGCAGCAGCACCAGGGCGAGGAAAACUAAGUUCUGCUGCUGCAAAGACCUCUUCCUUCCUUGCCAACUUAAACCCAGCAAGAUGGGGUCGUUGGAGUAGCAGUUCUCCAGUUAGUGGUCGCUCUACACAAGAGCCAUGUUCGGUUCAAAGAUCACCGUUUCCAAAUACUAACAGAGAAAAAAUUAAAGCUUGGAUUAAGGAACAAGCUCUAAAAUUUGAUGAAGAAUUUUUCAGUAUAGAACAGACAGGAUUACCACAUCCGGCCAUGAAUGUAUUGAAUCGCUUAACUGCUGCUGUAUGCCAACUGGACUCUUUGGCUGACAGUAACUUGAAAGCCUUGUUUGAAAUUCGUAGUGUGGUGAUGGACAGUGAUAUUUCUUCAUUUGAGGUUAUUCACAGUGGCCUAGUUAAAAAGCUGUUACUUUAUCUCACAACUUCAGAUGAUGGGCCACUUCCAUUUGGAAGCAUUGCUCUUGAUAGUCGUUUAAGAGCUUUCUUACAUGUUUUUAUGGGCACUCCAAUUUUUCUGGUAACACAGUUUGAUGCAAGUAAUUUAGAUUCUUCAGCGUUAGUGGCUUUAGUUUAUAAAUUAAAUGCCUGUGUUAGUCAGCUGGAGCAAUUUGCUGUUAAAGUCCAUGAUCUUCCUGGAGCUGGUAAUGUUGGUGGAAGAGGAACUAGUGCCCUGAAAUUUUUUAAUACGCAUCAACUCAAGUGUAACUUGCAAAGACAUCCAGCCUGCUCAAAUCUACGACAGUGGCGUGGUGGGCCUGUCAAGAUCGAUCCUUUAGCAUUAGUUCAAGCAAUUGAAAGAUAUUUGGUUAUCAGAGGUUAUGGCAGAGUGAAGGAUGAUGAGGAUGAUGGUAGUGACGACGAAAACUCGGACGAUGACAUUGAUGAUACAAUGGCUGCCAUGAUGAUUAACCAAGGACAAGGGCGACAUAAGCUGCAGUUCUUGAUUGGUGAAAAUGUACUGCCUUAUAAUAUGACUGUUUAUCAAGCAAUAAGACAGUAUAGUGGUGGAGAUGGGCAAUGCACAGAUGGUCCAGACACUGAUACAGAUUCAGAAAAUCCCGUGGGAUAUACAAAUAUAUGGAUCCAAACUCAUACAAUUUGGUAUCGGCCCAUUCCAGCUGAUGAAGCUGAAGCCCUUUACAUGAAUAAAGCAACUACUAGCAAUGCAACUACAAGCAAUGCAACUGCAUGCAAUCGAAACUCUGCUAUUACACCUGGUCAUUCUAGUCAUCGUGCUAAAGGAUGUACAUCUGGUAGUCCUUCGCCAAAAAAGAAGCCUGAUGAUGUGUGGACUGAUGGUAUUGUUCCUGAAGUUACAUCUCCAUUAUCGCUAUAUUUGGUACCGAACCUUCCAGAAUCAGUCACUGUUCAAGAUCCAUCUCUUGAAGUCAUUAGUUUACUUAGAGUUAUUCAUGCAAUAAGUUGCUAUUGGGGAACUUUAUAUCAGAUGAAUUCUUGGGCUCCAGCAAUACCUCAAGCAGAAUUCUUGAAUAGUAAGCUGACUGCCAAAGCAAAUAGACAAUUACAAGAUCCUUUAGCCAUUAUGACAGGAAAUGUUCCUGCUUGGCUUUCACAAAUUGCUUAUGCAUGCCCAUUUUUGUUUCCUUUUGAGGCCAGACAUCUUUUAUUUUAUGUUACAUCAUUCGAUAGAGAUCGUGCUUUACAGCGGCUACUUGAUAUGUCUCCAGAGAUGAGUAACAGUGAUAGCAGUGAACGUGUUACCCCAAGACUUGAUAGGAGAAAAAGGACCGUAUCUAGAGAUGAUCUUUUAAAACAAGCUGAAAUUGUUAUGCAAGAUCUUGGAAGUUCUAAAGCUCUAUUGGAAAUUCAGUAUGAAAGUGAGGUGGGAACUGGCCUUGGUCCAACAUUAGAAUUUUAUGCAUUAGUAUCCAAGGAAUUACAGAGAGGAGAUCUGGAUAUGUGGCGCGGUGAAAAAGUGCUUAUUAAUAAUGGUAAAGAUCUGCCAGUCAAUUAUAUGUUCUGCCCUAUGGGUCUUUUUCCAAUGCCUCUUGCCAGAAGUGCUAAAGUUGGGUUAGUCACCAAAGUUCGCAGCAAAUUCAAGUUACUGGGAAAAUUUUUAGCCAAAGCAUUAAUGGAUUCAAGAAUGUUAGACAUCCCUCUGAGUCUUGUCUUUUACAAGUGGAUGUUAAAUCAAGAAAAUAAUUUGUCUCUUGCGGAUUUAAAGCAUGUAGAUGAAUCCUUGGCUCAUACAAUACACCAGCUUGAACAGUUGGCCAUCGAAAAAAGGAAACUUGAAAAUGAUAAAUCUCUUAAUUCAAUUAAUUUGAAAUGUGCCUUGGAAAGUCUUACUUUAGAAGGUUGCCCUGUAGAAGAUCUAAAUUUAGAUUUCACUCUUCCUGGUUUCUCAAAUAUUGAAAUGAGAAAAGGUGGAAAAGAUAUGUUGGUGACAAUCCAUAACUUAGAAGAUUAUUUGAAGCUUCUCACAUAUUGGACUAUGAAUGAAGGUGUUCGAAGGCAAAUGGAAGCCUUCAGAGAAGGAUUUGAAUCUGUCUUCUCCUUAAACCAAUUAAAAAUAUUUUAUCCUCAUGAGCUCGAAUAUUUGUUUUGUGGUAGUGGUCAUAGUCAGUGGGAUAUAAAAAGCCUGAUGGAGUGUUGUCGACCAGAUCAUGGUUAUACACAUGAAAGUAGGGCUAUCAAAUUCCUCUUUGAAAUUUUGAGCAGUUAUAAUCAGGAGCAACAAAGACGGUUUCUCCAAUUUGCAACUGGGUCACCAAGAUUACCUGUUGGAGGUCUGAAAUCCCUGUCACCACCUCUUACAAUUGUUCGUAAAACUCUGGAUGGAAGUGAAGACCCAGACAGUUAUCUCCCAUCAGUGAUGACAUGUGUAAAUUACUUGAAACUUCCAGAUUAUUCAACUAUCGAGAUAAUGAGAGAAAAACUUCAAGUUGCUGUUAGUGAAGGGCAGCAUUCUUUUCAUUUGUCUUGAGAGAAUUUGUUCAUAGGCGGAAUUAUUUGACAUAAACAUUUUGCCCAAUGUAACAAAUUUUCUUUUCCUAAGCUCAGUUGAAGAUGCAUUGAUGAAAGCAUAAUUUGAGCUUUUAUAAAUUUACUUAGCACUGGAGUGAAUUGGGCAAAUGCUUCUGCAGCUUGUCUCUUCACCGUCCCACCUACCUCAAAAAAGUGGGUUUUGUGCUAAUUGAGUGACAUAAGUAUCUUCAAAUGCCAUUGUAAUAAAUGUUUUAGUUGUCAUAUCCAGUUUCUCUCACAUUUUUUUUUAUAUAUAUAUAAUGUGUUCAUCUAUACUAUAUCAACCAAUGACUGAUCUGUAUUUCUGUGAAGCAGUUUAUAUUUCAAAACAGUGUCGAUGUUAUGCACAUUGGACAUAGUUUUGUAUUAGUAUGUGUAAAUAAUGAUUGAUGAUGGGAUUUAUAUAUUGUGAAUACAUAUGAUAAGCUUUCUUUAUAAAUGUUGAAGAACACGUACUUUAAAAAAUUAUUUGAUAUCUAUAUGUUGAUUUUUAUCUCCUUAAUUGUGCUUAGCAUUUGUUUCUUAUGCACUUCAAACAGGUUCAAAGUAGUUAAAAUGUUCGUCUUUAUGUGACUUCAUUUUUUCUUCCCAUAUACAUAGAUGUUAUUCCAGUUGAUGUGGAGAUCACCUCCAAACUGUAUUCUGUAAGUAGAUAAUAUAGUAGAAGCUUUUUGCAAAGUAUUUCUUUUUCUGAAACUUAAUUUGUUAUAUCUUAUGCUAUAUAGUUAUAUUAUUUCUGUAAUUUUCUUGAUUUCAAAUAAAUAAAAUGAGAUCUGUGUAAAA